UCUGACAAAUAAUUAUAUAUUUAUUAUUCAGUCUUAUUCUGUAAAACAAUAAACCACAAGUAAAGAUGUCAGACUCCGAAUCUGAACCAGAACAAACUAUUGCUGAAGAUGUUGUUGUCACCAAAUAUAAAAUGGCUGGUGAUAUGGCCAACAGCAUAUUGAAGAAACUUAUCACAAAAUGUGUAGAAGGAGCGAAUGCUAUUGAAUUAUGUAAAGACGGUGAUAAGUUAAUAGAAGAUGAGACGUCAAAGGUUUUCAAGAAAGAAAAAGAAAUGCUGAAAGGUGUUGGAUUCCCAACAUGCAUCUCUGUGAACAAUUGCGUUUGUCAUUAUUCACCAUUGAACAGCGAGAAAGAAAUUUUUCUCAAGAAUGGAGACAUUGUUAAAAUUGAUCUGGCAACCCACAUUGAUGGAUUCAUAGGAUCUGUUGCUCACACAUUAGUCGUUGGAAGCAGCAAAGACAAUCCAGUUACUGGUCGGAAAGCUGAUGUCAUCAUGGCAGCAUAUCUAUGUUCUGAAGCAGCGUUAAGGAUGGUGAAGCCAGGAAAUAAAAACGCACAAGUUACAGGAAUUAUACAGACUGUGGCAGAAUCUUUUGACUGUAAACCAGUAGAGGGGAUGCUGUCACAUCAACUUCAACAAAAUAAAAUAGACGGCGCUAAAACUAUCAUUCAAAAUCCAACAGAAAAACAAAGACAAGACCAUGAAGAAGCAGAAUUUGGUGUUCAUGAAGUUUAUGCAAUCGACGUACUCGUAAGCACAGGAGAUGGAAGACCACGUGAGAUCGAUACAAGAACCACUGUCUACAAACGUAAUCCUGAAAUUUUAUACCAACUCAAAAUGAAGACAUCUCGAGCUUUGUUUAGUGAAGUGGAGAAACGAUUCGGAACAAUGUGCUUCACGUUACGUGCUAUUGAAGAUGAAAAGAAAGGGAAACUGGGAGUCGUCGAAUGCGUUAAACAUGAACUAUUAACACCAUUUCCUGUACUAUGGGAGAAAGAAGGGGAAUUUGUUGCUCAGUUCAAGUUCACUCUCCUGUUGAUGCCAAACUCUCCUAUUCGUAUAACUUCUGGAGUUUUUGAUCCAGAAUGUUACAAGUCUGAAUUCAGCGUUAAAGAUCCAGAAAUCUCGACAUUGCUCAAUACCUCGACUAGCAAGCGAGCGGCUAAGAAGAAAAAGAAGAAGGCGGCUUCGAAAGCAGUACAACAAGCGACUGAAGAGGUUGCCGAGGCUUGAAGUUCGUUACCCACUUUUGUAAACACACACGCUUGAAGUAAACUGCCAGAGGUUCUUGAUGAGUUUGCAUGCUCCAAACCCCAAGUUCUGUGCAUCAAAUAAACAGCCUAUUGGAGAUUUUCCAGUUGAAUAUAGAUGUGCACUAGUAACAGAUGCUUGAACUAGUGUCAGUGUCAUCUUUUUUUUUUUUGUUUAUUUGGUUUUGUCGCUUGACGAUUUUUAUUUAGUAAGUUCAAUCGAGACAUCUGAUUUAGUAUCGGAAUUUUAUUGAUUUUGAACUUUGAUUUGAUAAAGUUGUAGCUAGGGUGAAACAAAAUCGAAAAAUUUGUUAGUAAAGCUAUUUUUUGUCAAGCUCUGAAUUUGAAUAUAUUUACAAUUUCUGUGAAAAUAGGUCGCUCUGACAGUUUGAUAAAUCAAAAUUCAUGUUGUUCAAAAAAGGUGUUUUUUCACAAUUAAGGUUAUUCGAAUAUCUAAUUCCUUCUUUUUUUAAACUUAGGCAAUUACGCAUAGUGAUUUGGGUUAAGUUUUGAAAAUUCAAAUUUGGCAUCGUGGUGAAAUAAUUCAAUUUUAAUACAUCAAAUCGCAAGUCUAGAACAUCCCGAAUCAAAAUACUGCAGUUUUUUACUUGUGAUCAAUUUGCAAAAUUUUUACAACUUGACAAAAAUUUAAUUUUGUGUUGGUUGCCUUUAAGUUGCAACAGGUAAAAUGAUUUCUUGGUGUUUGUGUGCCUUUGAAAAUGAUCGUCUUUUGGGCGGAUGAUGAGAAUAAACUUGGUAUUUAAUUGAA